UGGAGCUAACCUGCUGUUUCUUUUCACAGCCAAGGCGUUUGCUGACCUGUCACACAUAGCACAUUACACAUUAAUGCUCAGCUCUUUUCUACAGCUCCCACACAUCAAGUAUCAUUAGUGUUAUUUGACCUUAAAGAGCAUUUACUUUCUAAAAGGUGAUGUAUGUGCAAUGAUGUCUUGCUCUUUGCUUUUUGUAUGUGUGAAGUUUCAAUCUGCACCAUUUCUUUAACAGCUGGUCUCUGGGAGCAGCUGGUAUACGAGUUUUGUGAUUGGUAACCCAUAAGAACUUUUUUUCCUUGAAUGGCAGUACCAAGUUCCCCCCCACAGUUGUUGCAUGCAAGGAAGUUGUCAGAUAACCAAGUAGAGUUGUCAUGGCAACCCCCUCUGGAAGCCAACUCAAAAAUUCUGUACUACAUAGUGAGAGUGUGGAACUUGAGCUCUGAAUUUGUAGCAAAUGUAACUGUAAUGUCAGUGGUGGUAAGUGUGGAUGGGCCAGGGCAGUAUAAUGCCUCUGUGAGCAGCUGGACUCACCUUGGAGAUGGGGGAAUGCUGAUCUACAUCACCUUCAGCACAUCAGAGUCUGCCCCUUCUGACCCUCCACAAAAUGUGUCAUACACAGUCCUGUCCCCAACAACAGUAAAAUUGAAUUGGAGCCCCCCCACUCAGCCAAAUGGUGUCAUACAGUACUACACCAUCUACUACAGUGACAACAUCACUAUCUCUACCCAGCAAGUGCUGGGUUCAGUGCAGUGGGCAGUGCUGACUGGGCUGAGAGCGGGGCAGGAGUACAGGGUGUGGCUGAGCUCUAGCACCUCCCUGGGUGACGGGGGGGUGAGCAGCACUCCCCUUAACUUCACCACCCUGGAGGACGGUCAGUCUCCUCACACAGGCGGGGCAGGACAGCAACUCUGCACCGCUUUUCCAAGCACUUUCACUCUUCGACCCCCCCCCAAAAAAAUCACACUAAAACAGCAGUACAGACUCAUACACCCAUACAACACACACAUACAUGCUCAGCAGCUCUGUGAAAGGGGACAGCUCUCUCUGAGCUGCAAACUGUGAUUGUCACGUCUUCUAGAGUAGAAGACAGAACGAGAGAGCAGGAGUGUUUGUGUCUCUGUGUAUGUGUUUGUGGAUUUUAUUGUCAGACUCAAGACUGUCCCAGCUUGUGUUUUCUUUCACUGGCUAUGCUGAUGUAGAGAACUGUGUCACUGUUGGCAUUGUUUACAUUAUGGAGAAAUAUAUACAUCAUUAUACACAAUUGCAUAAUAUUACAUAUCAUUGUGUUGUGAAAACCAGGACAGAAUACUGAAAUUUCUGCAAUACUAUAGCAAGUACGAGACCUAGCAAACCACAUUAUUACCGGUUUUGGUGUGAUUUUGGGAAAAACGGUGCAGAGCUGACCCUGAGAGAGAACAGAGAUUCUCCCUGGUGUGUGAGGCUGAUGAAGUGUUUCUCAUUGUUACAUAAUAAUAAUCCCCCUCUCUCUCUCUCUCUCUGUUUCUGUGAUUGUUUGGUUUCUGCAGCUUCACUCCAUUUGUCCAGUUUACUAUGGUUUUAUGUUGCCAGAGCUUAAACAGCACAGCACUCUAUGUUUUUAUGUUCUGCACAUUUCCUUGACACACUGCAAAGAUACCAACUGAUACUCACUUUCUUUUUCUGUCUGUCAUUCACCCUUCAAGUCAUUUUGCAGGUCAAAUCUGAAGAAAAACAAGUUUUUCCAGUUGUCAAAAUGAAGAUAACCUCCUUCUUUUGCUUAAUUUUUAUUUAUGAAUUGCAUGGAGUGUGAUAUUUGAUGUAUAAUGAUGUAGUUAUAGUAAUGGAGUGGUUGACUAGUUAUGAAUUUUAAUACACUGAUUAUUCUACUUUGUCUGUUGCCUGGUGUGAACUUGUUGAUGUUUUGAAUGUAUCACUGAGAUUUUUCAUAUGAUUUAAAAGCUUUACAUAUGUGCAGCUUUUGUAUUAAACAGAAUAGCAAUAUUAAUGACCACACUUCAGAAUAGGGAACAAAAUGUGAUGCAUGUUUUUUAAACUGACUUCUAAUAGUGAGUUAUAUCCAGACACUUACAGACUUACUUGUUCCUUUUUCUAAAGUGUUUCUAAACCAAUUAUUACA